AUGAUGGAGCGGCGGAAACGAAAGGAAGACGACGAUCAGAAUCCUUUAAAGAAUCGUCAAUUUUCGACCGAACCAAAAAAAAGAGACUUCGCGAAAGUGGUUUCUGAAUUCAAUGGUGUUGGAAAGACUUUUGUUCCCGAUGGAUUGAUAGCCGGGAAUCCAGAUGAUUUGAGCAUUAAGAAUAAACCCCCUUUCGAUCCCGUCGUCUUUAUACUUUGUGCACUUGCAAUUGUGGUUUUUAUGAUUUCUAUUUAUAUGAUCAUUUCGUUAGAUGAUAUU